CCACCCACCACUUGCGCCUCUCGGCCUGCCCAUCAGCCAGCUGAUGCCUCCUCUCCACCCCUUGACCUCACCCGCCGGCUUCUCUCUGCCUCCUGGCUGGAUCCCAGUGCACCUCUGGCUCCGGGCAGUCUCUGCUUCCCACCACCUGGGGGCCCCCACCUGUCUCCCUGGAGCUGAGCCGCCUGGGACUGAUGCAGAAGCCUGGUCAGUCUCGGCCAGAUUCUGCAGGCGAGGUGCUGCAGUUACACCUUUCACCCACAAGGGGCUGCUGUGACACCAGAAGAGAGGGCAGCCAGCAGAUUGAGAGGGAAGGGAAAGAGGCUGCAUUCUUCACAACAGGGCCAGGUUGUUUUGCCUGGCUGGUAGGAAAAUCAAGAAAGCAGCACAAGAUCAUGCCCCCAGAAGUCACCGGAACCCCAGAAUUUGACAGAAUAUUCCGUGCACAACAAAACUGUGUUGAGUUUUAUCCAAUCUUCCUGGUUGCUCUCUGGAUUGCAGGCUGUUUUUUCAAUCAAGUAUUGGCAGCCCUACUGGGUCUGGUGUACAUGUACAACCGUCACAAAUACUUCCAUGGAUAUGCAGAGUCUGCAAAAGGAAGGAUAACAGGUUUUUAUUGGAGUGUGGUGGUUCUGCUCUCACUGAUGGCCCUGGCUGCAGCUGGGAUUACUAAUAGCUUUCUGGAAGAAUACUUGGACAUCAGCAUAGGAAAGAAAUUACAUAAAUUGCUCUGAAGAUUAUUUAUGUAUAAAUAAAUAAAGUAGAUGCUUUCCCUGGACAUUAAAAGGCAGAUGAGCUGCAUCAUGUGGAAUGAAAGCAUCCAGAUUUCUUUAUUAAUCGUCCAUUUCAAUGUAAAGUGCAUGUCUUUCCUGACAGUUUGUUCACACUGUUUCUUUCCUAUACCACAGAAAAGCAGACACAAAGAAUAUAGCAAAUGUGGAUUCAUGUUUUGAGUUACAUGUUAAAUGAACUGGUCUCAUGUGUACAAUAUUGUAUGACAGCAAAAAUUACAUUGAAUUCAGACAAUGUUAA